UGUAUUUCUCUUUUGAAUUGUGACUCGUUACUUUCCUUUGCUUUCCUUCAGUACAGCUCCUUCUUUCAUUUGCCUCUUCCUUUCGAAUACUUUACCAGUUUGUUCUACAGGUAGAGCGAUUUUGGAAUUUGGCGGCAAGGAGUCAAGGCUUUGAGGAGCAGGAGGCAAGACGAGGCACGCUCUUAGUAGCUUUACUCUUCCGCCACUUCCUCGUCUCCCCUCUCUCUCUCUCUCUCUCUCUCUCUCUCUCUCUCUCUCUCUCUCUCUCUCUCUCUCUCUCUCUCUCUCUCUCUCUCUCUCUCUCUCUUGCGUAGGACUGGACGCUUCUCCUCUACCUCUUUCUCGUCACUUUUUGCGACUCGGCUUUGGCUGAUUUCAGCAGAGCGAAUAGCUCCUUCAUGCCUGCCAGCAGUAGAGGUGACUCGUCGGAACAGGUGCAGGCAGUAAUGGCCAAUAAUGCCGAGGCAGGUCCUUCUCGCCUACGCCUCUCGAGUCUAGUGGGCGCAAGUAGCUCCCACUCUUCCUCCUCUUCAGCACCAACAGCAGCAGCAGCAUCACCAACAACAGCAGCAGUCGUAGAUGCAGAUGCGGAACCUUUGCGAAACCCAAGCCCCGCCUCCUUUUUCCCCACGCCGGCGCUCGAUCAUGCCUUUGCGGGGAUUACUGCCGGAGCUAUCGCGACGGUUUGUAUGAAUCCGCUGGACUUGAUCAAGACGCAAUUUCAAGUGGAUACUGGAACUUCCUUCAACGUAAAGGGAAAGGGGAAAGAUGUAGGUUCUGGUUCUGCUUUAGAAGGGGCAGGGGUAGGGGCUCGGAGAGAGGGGAUGUUGGCGGCGAUUCGAAGGGGAAAGGUGGUGACGGACAUUUAUGGUGCCUUGAGGGAGAUCGUCAAGCGUGAUGGUUUCGCGGGCCUCUAUAGAGGCUUGAGCCCGAACGUCGUAGGCAAUUCGGCCAGUUGGGGACUGUACUUCCUCUGGUACACCAUGAUCAAGGAGCACAUGUCCCUCUCCUCCUCUGCCGACGGUACAGAUCGCAAUCGCAAGCUCAGCGCAACACAGCAUCUUCUCGCCGCCUCUGAGUCGGGCGCAGUAACGGCGCUGAUGACGAAUCCGAUCUGGGUAGUCAAGACACGCAUGUUCACUGCGCCUGUCCCUUCCAAAGUGCCCACGCCGGGGGAACCGCCAAAUCCGUAUCGCUCGCUGCGGAGCUCAUUGGCGCAUAUUUAUACCACGGAGGGAGUGAGAGGUCUGUGGAAGGGGGCGGGCUUGGCACUCUUUGGUGUCAGUAAUGGGGCGAUUCAAUUCAUGGCGUAUGAGCAGCUGAAGCGCUACAGGAGUGAUGCCAUCCUCCUCAAGCGGGGAGGAGAUGUGCAGCCCGAGGAGCUGGGCUCAGAGGGUCAAGUGAAGCUGGUGAGUAGCCUCAGAGCAAGAUGCAGGGAAAGGAAAGGCAUCGAUGAUCGGCAUUCUGAAUGGGCCUAUCUGCCUGUCUCCCUCCCCCUUUUUCCCCCUCUGUCCAGAGCAACACCGAAUACGUCAUCAUCUCCGGUGCCGCCAAGCUCCUCGCCAUCCUCGCCACCUACCCUUACCAAGUAGUCCGCUCCCGCGUUCAAAACCACUCCACCUU